AUGAAUAGAGGAGAAACUUUAGCUUCCAUGCCAAAUGAUCUCAUUCCAGAGAUACUAUCGAGAUUGCCCGCAAAAUCAAUCGGGAGGUUUCGUUGCGUGUCGAAGCAGUGGGGAUCCAUACUUAGCCGCCAAGACUUCACCGAGUUAUUCUUCACAAGGUCCUCGGCUCGUCCACGCCUCCUACUCGUCCUCCAACGAUCCAAUGGUGAGCUGCUCUUUUUCUCGGCGCUUCAGCCUCAGAAUCCAUACGAGAAGUCUCUUGUAGUCACUGCUGAUUAUCAUAUGAAGCUCCCUGGACAGAUGUGUGGCUACAACAUAUGUAGCCUUGCCUCUGGUUUGAUCUAUGUCCCUGAUUUUAUUACCUCAGAGGAUGUGAACAAGAAGUCAAAGAGAUCAGGUGGUGUGGGUGUGAUAUGUAACCCUAUAAUGGGACAGUGUGUCCGCUUACCUGUCCAAGGAAACUUGAGAAAGUCGACAAGUUUUUUAGGGUUUGAUCCGAUUGACAAGCAAUUCAAAGUAGUGGGUGAGGUUUCUCCAUCUUUCCAUGGCAAUCAUAGAAUUCUGACAUUAGGAACUGGAAAACUGAGUUGGAGGAAUAAUAACCAUUGUCCCCCAUACUAUUGUUUUUCGUGUCAAGGGAUAAACAUCAGUGGUGUUUUCUACUACUUGGCUGGCAAUAGCACUAACUUUUCUGAUUUGCUAGUUUGCUUUGAUGUCAAGUCUGAGAAAUUCAAGGUAAUUGAGGCGGAGUGCUUUAGAGAUUAUCCUGCUACUAGAUUGAUCAACUUCAAAGGUAAAUUAGGUGGGAUUAAUUUCACGUAUGAUGCUGACAACGCCGUUGUGUUGAGUAUAUCGUUUCUAGAGGAUGUCGAGAAGAAGGAAUGGUCGAAAUAUGUCUACACUUUUCCUAUGCAUGAAGUCCGUGUCCGCAAUGUUUCUGUCGUUGGGAUGACUGCUAGAGGUGAAAUUGUUUUGGUGGAGAAGUUUACAUCCAAACCGUUUUGUGUUUUCUUCUUCAAUCCGGAAAAGAACACUUUCCAAACUGUUGAAAUCCAAGGUGUUGGAGUUAACGGCGAAGCUUUUGAGACUGAUUACAGAGUUUUCACCUUUGUAGACCAUGUAGAGGAUAUUGGUGUUAAAAUUCAAGUCCAACAUCACAGUGAAAAAGAUGAAGACGAAUACGGAGACCAAGAUGAAUACGGAUAUCCAUUGUAUCCACACGGAGAUGGUAAUGGAUACGGAUAUGAAAAUGGAUACGGAAAUGGAAAUGGAUAUCUAUUGUAUCCAUAUGGAUACGGAUACGGGUAUCCAUACGAGUACUACGGGUAUCCAUACGAGUACUGGUAUCCUUACGGGUACUGGUAUCGAUAUGGAUAUCAAUGAUAUCAUAUCAUCUAUAAGGAUACGGAUAUGGAGAUUAUAUGAUCAAGAAUAAGAGAUUUAGAGAGGCGUG